AUGGGAAUGCCUAAAGGUCAUUAUUUUAGUCAUUAUUUUUACAUUUUUGUUCAAUUUCACUUCAUUUCCAUAGCAAUUUGCCAAUCAAGUUACGUAUCAUAUUCAUGCAUAGACAGUUACGGUAACUAUACAAGCAACAGCCCUUACCAAGCUAAUCUCAACACCUUCUUCUCUUCAAUAUCAUCCAACACCCAAAUCAACACCCACUUCUAUAAUUUCUCAAUUGGUGAAGAACCUAACCGAGUUAAUGGGAUCGCGUUAUGUGGAGGUGAUGUGACGUUCCAAGAAUGCUAUAGAUGCCUCAACGACUCAAUAAUUAUGCUUCCACGGUUAUGCCCAACACAAAAGGAAGCUUUUGGGUGGUACGAUAAUUGUAUGCUACGUUAUGCAAAUCGAACAUUAUUGGGAAUCAGUGAAGAACAACCUGCAUUUCCUUUUGUUAACCCAAGUUAUGUUACUAAUAAUGAUGUGAAUCAGUUUAACCAGGUAUUGGGAACAUUAUUGAACAGGGUUCAAAAUGAAGCUGCGUCUGGUGAUUCUCAACUUAAGUUUGCAAUUGGAAAUGAUAGUUAUAGCAGUUUUGGGAACCUUCCGAGUUGCUGCGCUAAUAGGAUGGGAGCACGAGUUAAUGGACCGAGUUGCAAUGCAAGAUAUGAAAUUAAUCAGCUGUUUUAUAACAAUAACAUGCCUACUCCACCAUCUCCUCCACCGUUGUCUGCUUCGUCUCCGCCUCCUCCUCCAUCAGGUAAACAAAUUAGACUGUUACUACCCGAUCCACUCUUAAAAGUACUUUACACUUUUCGUUUUAGUAUGUUUUUGAAAGUUCUUUACGUUUUUUGUUUUAGUUCGUUUCUGAAAGUUCUUUACGCUCUAUUUUACUCACAUUUGGCC